AUGGGCUAUCUGUACUCCCUUGCAGAUGGUGGAGAGAGUGGUGCAGGGAAAACAGAGAGUACGAAGCUAUUGUUGCAGCACAUAAUGAACCUAUGCAAAGGCAACUCGCAGCUGGAGCAGCAGAUCCUUCAGGUAAAUCCGUUGCUUGAAGCUUUUGGCAAUGCCCAGACUGUGAUGAAUGACAACAGCAGCCGCUUUGGAAAAUACAUACAGCUGCGUUUCCAGAAGAAUACAGUGCGAGGUGCAAAGCUGAGUGAGUACCUGUUAGAGAAGUCACGAGUAGUGCAACAAGAUACCAGGGAGAGGAAUUUCCAUAUCUUCUACUACAUGUUUGCUGGACUCUCUUCUGAGGAAAAGGAGAUGUAUGGGCUAUUGGAUCCUUCACUCUACAGGUACAUAAGUGGACGAUUCGGUACACAGGAUGUAGCUCAGCGCUGGAAGCACAAAUACCAAGAGGUGUGCAAUGCCCUUGACAUGGUGGGCUUCCAAGAACAGGAGCAAGUGGACAUGCAGGCUAUCUUGGCUGGUGUGUUGUCUCUGGGCAAUGUGACCUUUGAGCCUGAGGAGAGCAAUGGGUCUGUAAAAGUGAGUGAAGCCUCCCGGGGAUGGCUGAAGGCUGCAGCGGGCCAGUUUGGAGUCCAAGAAGAUGAACUGUUAAAAUGCCUUAUUUGUAAAAUGUCGGUGACCCGAGGAGAACAGAUUCAGCGUUUUCACACCCAGCAGCAGGCAGAAGAUGCUCGGGACUCCAUUGCAAAGGUGGCAUAUGGCCGAGUAUUUGGCUGGAUCGUUUGCAAGAUCAAUGAGCUGCUGGCUGAGAACGUGGAUCCUGAAGUGGAAUUGAGGGAGAUAGGUAUCUUGGAUAUUUUUGGGUUUGAAAACUUUGCAGUGAAUCGUUUCGAACAGCUUUGCAUAAACUUGGCCAAUGAGCAGCUGCAGCACUUCUUCAACCAUCUGGAGCAGGCUGCCUAUAAGGAAGAAGAGCUGCCUUGGGAGACAAUCACAUUCAACAAUAAUGAACCUAUUCUGAAUAUGCUCCUGGCCAAGCCGCUUGGGCUCCUGUCUCUUCUGGAUGAGCAGAGUGCAUUCCCUCAGGCAACUGAUAAGACAUUUGUGGAUAAACUAAACAGCAGCUUCAAGGGGAAUUUACACUACCAGCCAGGCCGAGGCCGUGUUUUGGGCUUCAGCAUCAUUCACUAUGCUGGGAAAGUGCAAUAUACUGCUGAGGGCUUUCUAGAGAAGAACAGAGACACCUUGCCAGCCAACAUCCAUGGGCUCUUCAUCAACAGCAUCACCCCCUUGCUCAGCAUGCUGUUCACAGCCACUAUCUCCAGGACAGGGACACUGAUGCCUCACGUGAAAGCCAAGGUCAUGCCAGGAGCAGACAACAAGUUCAACAGCACACGAAAACAGUCUGCCGGAGCUCAGUUCCGGCAUUCCCUGAUGGUGCUCAUGGAGAGGAUGUAUUCUGCCAACCCGCACUUUGUGCGCUGUAUAAAGCCCAACAGCCAGAAGGACCCAGGUGUGGUGGACAGCCAGGUGGUGCUGCUGCAGCUCCGGUACAACGGACUGCUGGAGACAAUCCGUAUCCGAAGACAUGGUUUCUCCUGGAGACCCUCGUUUGAGGAAUUUGCUGAAAGGAAGUCACGACUUUUCUUUAAAUAUUGGCACCAGGAACAGCUGGCAAAGUACGUGGAGCGACUGGAAAGAGCAGCAGUUGUCAUACAGAAAGAUGACAGAAAGGCAGGCCAGGCGCCAUCUCCACGUCAAGGCCCUGUGGAGUCAGAGUGCUUAUUGCAGGUGCCCACCUCCUCAGUGCUCAUCCUCAAUCGGGGAGAGUCAUCAGACAGUUCCACUCCUUUUGAUAACUUCUUGGACCCUUCUGCGCCUCGCCCUGUUCUGGGGACAGAGGAACAGACUGGAGAAGAGGCAGAAAUGAGGAAACUCAAGAGAGGAGCAACUCUCCGCUGGUUCAAAGAGACGCAAGCCCAGAAGGUCAUGCAGGAUGAUGGGGCCUUUCCAAGCUGGCUGCAUGGGAUGAUCAGCCGGAGGGAAGCUGAAAACUUGCUGAUUGACAAGCCUUUGGGUUGCUUCCUUGUUCGGAUCAGCCAGAGCCGACCGGGCUACACCUUGACAUACAGGGGUGAAGGCCGCUGCAGACACUAUAUGAUCGAGAUGCAGCCCAAUGCACGCUAUGUCAUCCUGGGGGAAGACCGGGCUCACGCCUCGCUCACCGAACUGGUUCGGUAUCACCAGACUGUGGGCAUCCAGCCCUUCAUGGAGAUACUGACUGUUCCCUGUGGGCAGUUCUCUUCCACUCCCUUGAGCACCUCUGAACAGAGCUGCCAUCAGACUCUCAGCAUUAAGGAUGUAAAGCCCAAGUGA